AUGAAGAAGGAAGAAGAAAAGAUUGUUACAGUAUCAGAAAUUGGAGAGAAGAGGCCGCAGGAACUGCAGGAAGAACAAUCUGCAGCCAUUAUAUGGGACUGUGGGAGUCCUUUAUAUGAUUCAUAUGAGUUAGCUUCACUUAGUCAUCUGAUUGACAGGAACAUGAUGGCCUUGCCAUUUCCCUGUGGAUCAAAAAGGUUCAAUAUUUACCAAUCUAAUUUUCCAAGGGAAGAAAAGGGUCUCAACAUGAUCAACCAGGAAGGGUUUCAACAAGAGGGAUUAUUGUCCAAAUUGAUGAGUAGUUACUCCUGGAAGAGGACAAGGGACAAGGAAAGGAAUGAGAAAACCAGAAAGGCCAGUUGCAGAUUUUAUAGUCUCUGUAGAAUGAUUGGUUUAUGCAGGAAAAAAAGCUGCGAAAGUUGA